CAAAGAAGAAUACGGCGUGCUAGCUCUCUGUGGCGUGCAUGAUGCAGAAGCCAAACCGGUAUUGCUAUGCUCGUGCAAUGACAAUUCCUUGCACCUCUAUGACUUGCCAUCGUCGUCAUCUCCCGAGCCUUAUCCUCAACUCCGGACUCACCUCUGAGUUCGAAGAAGCCUUCAGUGAAGCUGGUAAGCGUCGUUGGCCUGAGGUUUGGGAAGAAAUCCUUCAGCGCCGAGCUAAGAAAGCAGGUUCUGUUCGCGAACCAAAACCGCGGAAACUAAAAACUCGAGCUAGCAAGCCUCGAGCCGCUCCUAAAUGCAAAGCACCGAAGUCGCGAACUCAACGCACCCGAACUGCCAGGAUGCUCUCAAUAGACGAGAUCCCAACUCUCUUCGACGAGGAGGAACCGAACGUGGCUGAUCCGACUCCAUUCCUUGCUACCGAACAGGCCAAUGUACAGCCGGAGGAGUUGCCACCUGCUACGAACUCAUCUGACCAGGUUGGUCAGAAGAAGACGAAGAAGAAGAAGUCUUCGAAGAAGACUAAGAAGACAGAGGAUUCUCCUCGGGUGCAAGAUGUACCCGCUGAGAUCGAUCCACCGGCGGCUGUGGCGUCGGACCUCGCUCUUUCUCAAGACCGAGCUGAAGCUUCGCACUCCCGCAAAAGGCAAACCAGAGACCAUGUCGAGGGUUCUCCAGAGCACGGGCCGGCUAAGAGGGUCCGAGUUUGUUUUGACUACGAUGAGGAGACUCCUUUCGAGGAGAACGUAGAUGCCUGCGCCGAGCUUUAUCACAAGAUCUCCUCAGAGGUCCCAAGCCUUCCUUCGGUUCCCGAGCUCCAGUUUCCCAACAUGUACAAGGGAAUCGCUCACACGACUGCAGUGCUCGCCAGUCAGACCAAUAACUUGGUCGCUGCAUACGAAGUAGCCCUGUUCGACGAGCAAGUAAGGAUCUCCGAGCUCGAGGAAAGGGUAGCCAAGGCGGAGGAGCGUCUCGCCACCGAGCUUCAAAUUAACGAGACUCUGCACUCUUCGGUGGAGCUAUUAAAACAGGAGAGCGCGGAGCUGAAGGCGGUGAAGGCCAAGCUGACUGAGGCUCAGAGCCUAUUUUCCAGGGAAUUCGAGAAAGACAAAGGGUGGUUGCAGGACCUGGUGGCACAUUGGAGGGCUCGGGCUAGGAGCGUGCACGCAAAGGCUUGCGAGCGCCUAGAGAAGGUUAUCCGAAGCUUGGAUGACGCUGACCGAGCUCGUAAGCCGUACCUGGUCUACAACCAGCUCACUGGGGUCCUCGGUUUUAUCAAGCAGCUCAAGAGGAAAGGCUUGUACAUGGUUCCACCCGAGAUGGUGGCGGACAUUGAGGCGAAGCACACCAAGGCCCUGGAGGAGUUCCGUUCGGUCGACGCUUGCGUCCUUACUGAAGAGGAUAAACGGAUGUGUCCUUUUGCUGAGGAAGAAGAUGCCCCGGCUGUGAACGCGACUCAAAGCGCUCAGGAUCCGAUGAUUGGUGAGUAGUUCGGUUCUAACGAAGAGAUGCUGAAGGUCGAUCAAGCUGCCACCUCUAAGACUGCUUAGUUUUUCUCCUUUCUUCCUUUUAAUCGAACUC